UGUAUAUUUACCUCUUUAAUAAAACUUAUUUUUGUGACUUUGAACAUUGAGUGCUAGUUUGAGAACAAAAACUUGGUUUUGUGUUAUCCUAGUCUUUUUCUUUUUAUAAAUUUCCCUUUUGCAACUUUUAUCUAUCUUUUUUUGUCAACCUUGUUCAUUAAUCUAAUUAUUAGUUGUAUUCUUAAGACAAUUCUUUCAGAUAGUCAUUUUUAUGUUUUUGUCAUAAAAAUAAUUUUAAAAAAUAACUAAAAUAGUUUUUUUUUCUUUUUUUUUAAAAAAAUUUGAAACCCUAUCUCUAAAAUCAAUCCCAUAACUCUAAAUCAUAAGUCUAGAUUAGUUAACCCUAAAGUAAAAUUUUUUAGUAAAACUUAUUUUGAUCAUUGAUGACUAUUUUUGUGACAAAAACUGUUAUCACAUGGAAUUUCUCUAUUUUAAAUUAUGAAUUCAGAUUAAUGUCAAAUUUCUCUAUUUUAGUUUCAUAUUCGUCAAUGUUCACUUUUCUUUUUUGAAAUUGACGGUUUGGGUUUGGUUAAAGAUAUAGAAACCCAAUUGUUCUUAUUUCUGCAUUAUUGUUGAAUUACUUUUCUUAUCCUCUUCUUUCCUCUCGUUAAUUUCGGUUAACUAAAGUAAAGGAGGGUCCCUUAACAUAUUUAAUCAGUUGUAAAUUUUGGGUUCUCCGGUUUUGGAGACUAUUUAUUUAUGUUCAGAAAUCUAAUUAAAUGUUCUUUUUUCUUUAUAUAUAAAUAAAUUCAGAUUAAUGUCAAUUUUAAUAGAGUUCGGUUUAGUUUAAAUUUAAAUAGGAUAACUUUUUUUUUUUUUGAAAUUGACAGUUCGGUUAGGUAUAAGAUCUUGAGUGAGACCGGAUGGUGGUGAAACCGAAUUGUUCUUGCUUUUGCAUCCUACUAAUUUACUAAACCGGGUUGGCUGAUGUUUACGUUACACAAAAUGAGACGAGACUUUCACCGGUUUUAGAGCCAAAUCUGUGUGACACUGUCCUUUCUUUGAGUACUCUUAAGUCAAGAGUCAAACACAAGGCUGAACAGUCCUUUCAUCGGGUCGCAGAGGUUGAUGUACGUUUCAGUUAUAACAACGAAUCAAUGACGAGAAGAGAUAGAAAGAAGUACUUUUCUUUUGACCCAAAGAAAGAGUUCCGUUCCUUUUGAAAUUUGUCUCUUCUCUUCUCAUUCUCUCUCUGUCCCCUAUCUAUUUUACCCUCAAGAAAUCCUGUCUUCUCCUUGUCACUCUCUGUCUCUCAUUCCCUCAGACAGAGUUCCUCUUGCAAUGGCUUCCACUGAUAGUCUUCCUCGUUUCUUCAAAGUUUUCAUCUCCCAUUUUAGCUCAGACUCUAUGGUAACUAACAUACUUUCUAGCUAAUUGCGAAAGCCUCUUGCUCUUCUGUUUCACCUCUCUUUGAUAGGAUAGAAUAGUUUGUGUUGUAGAAAGUUGUUUUUUUUUUUCCUUGAGAUUGAAUGUGGAGUCUCUACCUUUACACGAAAAAUCAGUUUGAAUAUAGUUGUUUUACACAAGAAUAUGUUGAUAACUCGAAUUUGUGGUUUUUUUGUCUCACGAGUCUUGGCCUUCAAGUUAACAUACAUUUUUAUUGUUGGCUGCAGCUUAUCCCCAUCUCCUACUACGAUGAACUUCCACGACAUCUGCCCAAGACGGUGAUUCUCCAGGGCACUGGUGGAUGCCUUUGGAAGGUAGCCAUGAGGCUGAAGCAAGAGGAAGAGGAAGUGUACUUGGAACAAGGGUGGCCCAAAUUCGUUAAGGAUAAUGCUCUCGUCGAUGGAGACUUUAUGACCUUUGUCUAUAACGGAGACAACAUCUUCGAGGUCAGCAUCUAUGGCCUUGAUGGAUGUAAACAGGCUAGAGCAAUGGCUGAAGAAGAAGAAGGAGAAGACAGUAUCUGUGCUCUAAGCAGCGAUGACACAGAAGAUACUAAUGCUGAGUCUGAGAGCGCCAAUACAGUUCAGAGAAGCAAUGACAAAGGAAAGGCAAAAGUGGAAGCUGAUGAUGAAGAAGAAGAAGAAGAAGAAGACAGUGUUUACUCUCUCAGCAACAGCAAAGACACAGACACAGGCACUUCUUCUGAAUUCGAAAUGGCCAAUACAAUCUUGAGAAGCAAGACCAAAGGGAAGUCGAAAGAGGAAGUGAUUAAGGAGGAAUCUGAUGGCAAAGAGGACAGUGAUCAUUCUCUAAACAGUGAAGUCAAAGAGACAGACACUGGUUCUGAAUCCAAGAUACCCAAGAACAAAGGAAAGAAGAAAAAGGAAGUUGUGGAGAGUUCUGACAGUGAUUAUGCUGAAGAGUUUGGUCGCUUGGAUUUGGAUUUGGAAGAGGACUCCACCAGCAGUGACAGUUCUUAUGCUCCAGAUAGUGAUGAAGACACAGCCACUCAUGUCAAACGAAAAGUAGUGACGAAAGGUUCUCAAGGAAAGUCCAAAGUGAUAAAAGAUGUGUCUGAAGUUGGGGAUACUUCUUGUGCUGUGGAACGAGUCCCAAAGACAAGGGAGAAAGUAAAGGCCAUAAUCGAAAACCCGGAGGUGUAUCUGGAUGAUCCAACGAAUAUACAUUUUGAGACAGGCGUGAAGAACAGGAAAUACGAGCUGUUGGUUCAUGCACAGCUGGUGAAAGACUACUGCCUAAGGUUUAAAGACUACAUUUACUACUUGGACCCAAAGGGGAAACUAGAGGCCAAAACAGCCAAGUGGAAGGACCAACGUGUGUGCAUCAAAAAAUGGGUAAAGAUCUGCGAUAGGAACAAACUGAAGAAACAAGACCGCGUCGUGUGCGAGCUCUUGCGUAACAAAGAUUUGGUUUACGCAGUUAAGAUCCACAUCAUCCGUGGGAAACAUUUGGUGUCAGUUUGAGAAGAAAGGUUACUUAUACUACUCAUCUUUUAUGGUUUCUAGUAAAUCAAAUUAGACUCUCAGCUUAUGUAAUGAGUUGAGUUGAGUUUCGUUUCCAUCAUCUACAAGACCUCGGAAUCAACUUUCACUCGCUUCUCUGUUUAGUUUUCACUUCAGUAUUAUAAACUUAUGCUGUUUGGUUUGA